UGCACUCCAGCCUGGGCGACAGAGUGAGACUCUGUUCCAAAAUAAUAAUAAUAAUAACAACAAUAAUAGUAGUAAAGGCGUUCCGACUCCACUCAGUGGUCUGUCCUGCCACCAUCAAGCUCAGAGUUCCUUUAGUCUCUCACUGCCAGUGAAAUUAAGAUGCAACCUGUGAUCAGUUUAUAAAGAUGUGUUGCUACUGGUGACCACAGAGUUAGGUGGCGGCAGAACAUCGACAGUACUGGCAGGCGUUUUAGAGUAAACUGUGAGUGGCCAUCCCCAUCCUGCUUCCUGGAUGGGUGGGGAGGGCAUGUUUUCAUUUUGAACCCUCCAGGUCAAAUUUCCAGAUGAAGCUGCUGCCCCGAGGCGGGUGUUCCACUGGCUUUCCUGACUCUGGACGUGACUUCCCUUUGACAAUGAGUUUUGCACAUGGCAACAAUUUCCUCUGUGUUCUCAGCGGCAGCACUGGAAAUGCCAUCUCUUUUGGUGGAUGAAGAUGCAUAGCUUUGUCAGUUUCCAGAGGGCCACACUGACGGGUGGAAGAGGAGCGCAGAGGAGCUCUGGGACCCUGCGCACAUCGCUCAACUCCCUGCCUCAGUCUCCCCAUCUGUUAAGUAAAGGGAUGGGAGGAGAUGACCCCAGCUCAGGGUACCUCUAGUUUUAAAAGUGCCUGAUUCUAGAACUCUGGGAGGAAAAGGCAGGAGGGAGGGGCUAGCCUACAACUGAGAGAGGAAAUGUGAGUCUCGUAAACAUGGAAGCUGCUUUCUCCCUCCCUCUCGGUGAUAAUCGCGGAAUGAGCUCCACCUAAAGACCCCUUGCUAAACUGCCUGGAGUCACAGCUCACCUUUAAGCUCUUAUUUACUUACGUAGUAAUCCCAAGAGGUUAAUUUGGGUAAAUCCAACAACGGUAAGAAGACACAGGUGGCCAGGAAGCUACAACGGGGUUAGCCCCUGAGUCCGGUUUUUUUUUAAAAAAAAAGCCAGGGGGAGGAAUGGGGAGAAAACGGGAACCAACAUUUACUAAGUACCAAAGAUAUGGCAGGCACGAGUCACAGCCAACACUCAGUCCUCACGACAACCCUGGGGGGUUGGGAGUAACAGUCCCAUUUGACACACGACAAAACCAGGGCUUAGAAAGGUAACAUGGCUCGGACACUUACUGCCACUCAGAAAACAGAAACCAAUCAACCCGUGAGGGUGUGUGUGUGUGUGUGGGGUGUGUGUGUGUGGGGGGGGUGCGUGUGUGUCUGUGUCUGUGUGUGUGCAUGGUGCGUGUGUCUGUGUCUGUGUGUGUCUGUGUGUGGUGCGUGUGUGUCUGUGUGUCUGUGUGUGGUGCGUGUGUAUCUGUGUGUCUGUGGUGUCUGUGUGUGUGUGGUGCGUGUGUGUCUGUGUCUGUGUGUGCAUGGUGCGUGUGUCUGUGUGUCUGUGUGGUGCGUGUGUGUCUGUGGUGCGUGUGUAUCUGUGUGUCUGUGGUGUCUGUGUGUGUGUGUGGUGCGUGUCUGUGUGUGUGGUGGGUGUCUGUGUGUGUCUGUGUGCAUGUGGUACGUGUGUGUCUGUGUGUGGUGCGUGUCUGUGUGUGUGUGUGGUGCGUGUGUGUGUGUGGUGGGUGUGUCUGUGUCUGUGUGCAUGUGGUGCGUGUGUGUCUGUGUGUGUCUGUGUGUGGUGCGUAUGUGUCUAUGUGUGGUGCGUGUGUGUCUGUGUGUGUGUGUCUGUGUCUGUGUGUGUGUGGUACGUGUGUGUCUGUGUCUGUGUGUGGUGCGUGUCUGUCUGUGUGCAUGUGGUGUGUGUGUGUGUCUGUGUGUGUCUGUGUGGUACGUGUGUGUCUGUGUGUGUGUGUCUGUGUGUGGUGCGUGUGUGUCUGUGUGUGGUGCGUAUGUGUCUAUGUGUGGUGCGUGUGUCUGUGUGUGUGUCUGUGUCUGUGUGUGUGUGUGGUACGUGUGUGUGUCUGUGUCUGUGUGGUGCGUGUGUCUGUCUGUGUGCAUGUGGUGCGUGUGUGUGUGUCUGUGUGUCUCUGUGUGUGUCUCUGUGUGUGUGUGUGUCUGUGUGUGGUGCGUGUGUGUCUGUGUGUGUGUGUGUCUGUGUCUGUGUGUGGUGCGUGUGUGUCUGUGUGUGGUGCGUAUGUGUCUGUGUGGUGCGUGUGUGUAUGUGUGUGUCUGUGUCUGUGUGUGUGUGUGGUACGUGUGUGUCUGUGUCUGUGUGUGGUGCGUGUCUGUGUCUGUGUGCAUGUGGUGUGUGUGUGUGUCUGUGUGUGUGUCUGUGUGUCUCUGUGUGGUGCGUGUGUCUGUGUCUGUGUGCAUGUGGUGUGUGUGUGUCUGUGUCUGUGUGUCUCUGUGUGGUGCGUGUGUCUGUGUGUGCAUGUGGUGCGUGUGUGUGUGUGUGUCUGUGUCUGUGUGCAUGUGGUGUGUGUGUGUGUGUCUGUGUGUGUCUAUGUGUCUCUGUGUGUGUGUCUGUGUCUGUGUGGUGUGUGUCUGUGUCUGUGUGCAUGUGGUGUGUGUGUGUGUCUGUGUGUGUGUGUGGUACGUGUGUGUGUGUGUCUGUGUCUGUGUGUGGUGCCUGUCUGUGUCUGUGUGCAUGUGGUGUGUGUGUGUGUGUCUGUGUGUCUCUGUGUGUGUCUGUGUCUGUGUGUGUGUAUGUGUCUGUGUGUGUGUCUGUGUCUCUGUGUGUGUGUGUGUGUCUGUGUGUCUGUGUGUGUGUGUGUGUCUGUGUGUGUGUAUGUGCGUGUGCGCGCACCGCAUGCAUUCCAACUUUUCAGUUCCCUGGAGCUGCACAGCCACCACCCUGCUGAGGUCAGUUUCGUCACUCAUUCCUCGGGUCACAUAGGCCCUGAUGACCCAGAUUUCACAGAGUGUUCAGCACAUCAGUCAACUUUCUCCCCGGAGGGGCCGGGGCUGGUGGGCCGUGCCCGCUCCAUGCCACACACCUAGCAUUCAGCGCUUCGUGAGGAAGCCCUGCUGUAAAUGCUCAGGCCCCACCCUUCCUUGUCAAGAGGAGCCAUGGGCUUCCUGCUUCUGUGUCACAAUGCGCCAUUUGUAGGGUGGUUCUUCCCCAUUCUUCCACGGGGCCAGGAAGGCAUGCUGCAUGACGGUGCAUCCGUGUUUAAACGUUCUUAUCAUGCAGAGGAAGGCAGAAAGCAAACAAGGAGGCAUUUCCUCAGCCCCUGCCAUCAGCUAAUUAUUAGCUGUUUUUACAGAACCAAGGGAAGUGGCACCCACAUGCUGUGCCGCCACCAGCCGGUGCUGGCUCUGUUAGCCUCUCCAUUGCCCCAAAGAUACCAACCACAUGGUUCCUGAACAAGAUGGUUACAAAUAAGCGAAGGGAGCCCCAAAACAAAACAAGAGAAAAACCUUUGCAAGGGCAAUUAUGAAAUUGACAGCAAGAGGCAGUGGAGACUGAAGUUGGGAGCAGGGAGGAGCUGCCUGGGGCACAAGGGACUCUGCACUUCCACACCGAUGCCAUUGUCAUCACUGUCACCUUCAUCACUCAUCUCUGCCCUUUAGGAAUGUUCCAAAGGUUCUUUACUUCUCCAAAGGUCUUUGGAUGCGAAGACUCUUAAUGCUAGAUGGGAUCUCACUGUGGGAAUCACUGAGAUGGGAUUUCCCAGGCUGGUUUUGAACUCCUGGGUUCAGGGCCUCCAGAAGUACAGGGAUUCCAGGCGUGAGCCACUGUGCCCAGCCUGCUCUGUUUUAGCCUGCCUGCCUGUGAUAACCAGAUGGCAGCACAGGGGCCUGGGGAAUGAAUGACCAAAGACAUUCACCCCCUAAAACGUAUGAUCAGAAAGGACAUGACUCUUGGAUAUUUUAGAAACAGGGUCUUCCUAUGUUGCCCAGUUUAGAGUCCAACUCCUGGGCGUAAGCCAUCCCACCUCGGCCUCCUAAGAAGCUGGGGCCAGGUGCAAGCUGCUACAUCUGGCUUCACUCUUUCCUUUUUAAA